AACGAGGACAAUGGGUGCUCAACAAGGCAAAGAACGUGGCUCACAUUCGAGUGGCGGUCAUGGUGGUACCGCCAGCUGUAUUGGUGUGUCCAGUAGCAGUCCGGUCGGUUCUCAUGGCCUGCCCGUAAAUGCUUUAGGUGCUGGUUCCACAUUGCGGGGCUCACGCAUCAAAUCGUCUGUACCACCAGCAGCUGUUGCUAGUGGUUUGCAUCGUUCAGUGGGAGGUAGUGGUGUAUCAACAUCUUCAUCAUGUCAUAAUCCAAAGGAUACUCGUUGUGCUCCAAUCGGAAUGAAUAUCUUUACGGAACAUAAUGGUACACUACACAGACUUCCACACCGUGAUACAGGAAAAUAUCAAAUGAAUUUAGAAGCUUUGCUACAAUCACGUCCUCUGCCUCACAUACCUCCAGGCUCCACAAUACUGGGAGGGGUCAGCGAUACCUCAGAUCAUUUGGGCCAAGAUGGUAUUUCGCUACAUACCACACAAUCGCAUAGUCAAGGACAUAGUUCUACAACAUCAGGUUUUGAAUCUGCUCACAGAUGGACUUCUAAAGAGAAUCUCCUAGCACCUGGUCCCGAAGAAGAUGAUCCACAGCUAUUUGUGGCUUUAUACGAUUUCCAAGCGGGCGGUGAAAACCAAUUAAGCCUAAAGAAGGGCGAACAAGUACGCAUACUGUCAUAUAAUAAAUCCGGCGAAUGGUGUGAAGCUCAUUCCGAUUCGGGAAAUGUGGGUUGGGUGCCCUCGAACUAUGUCACGCCACUUAAUUCGCUGGAAAAGCAUUCUUGGUAUCAUGGUCCUAUAUCACGCAAUGCAGCCGAAUAUUUGCUCAGUUCCGGUAUAAAUGGCAGUUUUCUGGUCAGAGAAAGUGAAAGUUCACCAGGUCAAAGAAGUAUAAGUUUAAGAUAUGAAGGUCGUGUUUAUCAUUAUCGUAUUUCCGAAGAUCCCGACGGUAAGGUUUUCGUUACAGCUGAAGCCAAAUUUAAUACUCUAGCCGAACUGGUACACCAUCACAGUGUACCGCAUGAGGGUCAUGGACUGAUUACACCCCUCUUGUAUCCUGCACCAAAGCAAAAUAAACCAACAGUAUUUCCCCUUAGUCCUGAGCCGGAUGAGUGGGAAAUCUGCCGUACUGAUAUUGUAAUGAAACACAAAUUGGGCGGCGGCCAAUACGGCGAGGUAUACGAAGCCAUAUGGAAACGUUAUGGCAAUACUGUGGCUGUUAAAACACUCAAAGAGGACACAAUGGCCCUUAAGGAUUUCCUUGAAGAGGCAGCCAUUAUGAAAGAAAUGAAACAUCCAAAUUUAGUGCAACUAAUUGGUGUUUGUACAAGAGAGCCUCCUUUUUAUAUUAUCACCGAAUUUAUGUCACACGGUAAUCUUUUGGAUUUCUUACGCUCCGCUGGCAGAGAAACCUUAGAUGCUGUGGCUUUACUAUAUAUGGCAACACAAAUAGCUUCGGGUAUGAGCUAUUUGGAAUCUCGUAAUUAUAUACACCGUGACUUGGCCGCCCGUAAUUGUUUGGUCGGCGACAAUAAAUUGGUAAAGGUAGCCGAUUUCGGUUUGGCUCGUCUGAUGCGUGAUGACACCUAUACGGCGCAUGCGGGCGCCAAGUUUCCCAUCAAGUGGACCGCCCCCGAGGGAUUGGCCUACAAUAAGUUCAGUACGAAGUCCGACGUUUGGGCAUUUGGUGUUCUUCUGUGGGAAAUCGCGACAUAUGGUAUGUCACCAUAUCCGGGCAUUGAUCUAACCGAUGUCUUUCAUAAGCUGGAGAAAGGCUAUCGCAUGGAAAGACCGCCGGGAUGUCCACCAGAAGUGUAUGAUCUUAUGCGUCAGUGUUGGCAAUGGAAUGCGGCGGAUAGGCCGACAUUUAAGAGCAUACAUCAUGCUUUGGAACAUAUGUUUCAGGAAUCAUCUAUAACUGAAGCGGUCGAAAAACAACUGAACGCCACUACAACGACCUCAGCAACAACGACAAAUAUCGCUCAAAGCCUAACGCCACAAAUGACGAAAAAGGGCAUACAGGGUGGUGGCGGCGGAAGUGGUAGUGGUAAUAGUGGAGGAGGUGGUCUGACACCAGGUGGUCAUCACGAUCAGCAAGCCAGUACACCAAUGUCAGAAACUGGUUCAACAUCAACAAAACUGUCGACGUUUUCCAGCCAAGGCAAAGGCAAUGUACAAAUGCGUAGAACCACCAACAAGCAAGGCAAACAGGCCCCAGCUCCACCCAAGAGAACAAGCCUUCUGUCAUCGAGUCGUGAUAGCACUUAUCGUGAUGAAGAUCCAACGAGUGCAUCUACUCGACAACUGAUCGAUGAAAUGCACACAAAUGGUUUGACACGUGAUAUUAACAAUUUGAAUCAACGCUAUGAUUCGGAAAAUGAUAAUGCCGGUGGGGGCGAUCCCGAUACUGAUCAUACUGGCGAUAGUCUGGAACAGAACCAACCAAGUCAACAUCAGCAACAGAAAAUGCAACAUUCGAUGCAUGUUACCGCUGGCAAUAAUAUUGCUGCCCGAGGAGCUCAAACACAUUCCUCAUUCAAAAGACCAACUCCUGUUAUGGGCAAUCGAGGUUUGGAAACACGACAAAGUAAACGAUCUCAACAUCCCAGGCCAGAUACAUCAAAUCAAAAUACCGUUGGCACGGCUCAACCUAUACAAGUGGGAGCCUUGGAAGUCAUGAAUGUCAAGCGAGUCGUAAAUCGAUAUGGCACUUUGCCCAAAGUGCAGAGAAUUGGACAAUUUUUAGACAGCUUGGAAGAUUCUAAUGACAGCACCGCAGGAAUACUUCCGCAGCCUCCCCAGCCAAACACUAACGUCGUUACAAAUGGCCUCGGCACUCGAGUCCUAAAUUCAGCAGCCAAAACACCCGUUGCAGGUACUCCAUUAGCUGCGCCAUUGCCCCAGCAAAUGAUACGAAGCAAUUCAUCGGGUGGCGUGACCAUGCAGAACAACGCAACGGCCAGUCUAAAUAAACUUCAAAGGCAUCGUACAACUGCUGAUGGCAGCAGCAUGAUGACAUUUUCCUCAUUCCGAGGCAACAGUUCAAGUAAUUCUCCCAAAAGAAACCAGCAACCAGCUUUGGCCAAUUUAGAGUUUCCUCCACCACCGUUGGAUUUGCCGCCACCCCCAGAGGAGUUUGAAACUAUGCCUCCUCCACCUCCACCACAGCCAGAUUGUGAUAUUGUUCCUCCAUUCCCUAUGCAAUCCCAACAUCAGCAGCAACAGCCGCCGCAAUACUCCGUCGGAAAUUUAGCAGCUAAAACAAGUUGUAAUGAUGUUUCAAAUACGGCACCCAGUGUGGAAGAAGCCAGCUCAAGGUUCGGUGUUUCAUUAAGAAAACGAGAACCAUCGACAGACUCGUGCAGUUCACUGGGAACUCCAGCUGCCCCAGACAAUAACAACGGCAACCAGAGCCAAGACAUGAAGGAAAAACUCAUGGCCGAAAUCAAAGACCGGCAAGUAAAAGAAAAUAAUUCUACAUCAGCUAAUAUACAAAAUGGAAAUGCCGGCGGUGUUGAUCCGGUUUCAUUGCUGGUCAAUGAAUUGGCCGAAAGCAUGAACUUGCCUAAACAAGCAAAGGUUGCCACAAACAACACAUCACCGAAAUCUCCACCUACUAUGCCGGAGACAAAUGCAAGUAACUCGAACACUUUCAAAGCUCAACUUAAGAAAGUCGAUUCGAAGAAGGUACCGACACCCACCCAGAAACCCGAUGCUCCAUCAAAUAUAAUCGAUUUUAAGGCACAUUUGCGCAGAGUUGAAACAAAGACAAAUGACAUUAAAGACAACAACCAGAAAGAAUCUAAAAAAGACAAUGAAAUUGUGAUCACAACUAACACAACAAAGACUCCCACAACGACAAAUAACUCCAAACCGGCCAUAUGCUCUGGCUCAUCAACCUUAGGCCGUAAAGAUAAGGAGGAGACCAAAUUCAGUAUUGCUUCCAAUGCAGGUUCAAUUGUGGGCAGUGGUAGCGGCGGAGGAAGCCAAACACAAAAGACUGAAAUCAAAAUAGAUUUACAAGGCCAACAUCCCCAACAACAGCAAUCCCAAAAUACCAACGUUUCGAAUGCCAAUGUGACGAAUGAAAAUUCAGUUGAAACGCCUCAGCAGGACAAUCCAGCAGUUGAGGGUGGUAAGAGACGUAGUACAGGUAGUAUUAAUAGUUUGAAAAAAUUGUGGGAGCAGCCCGGCCAAAAUCAACCAGACUAUGCAUCUACACAGAGCAUGCAAGGAAACUCCGUUAGCACGAAUAGCUCCAAUCAAUUGUCUCCAAAAUUUGCAUUUAAGCCCUCUUCCGCAGGUGCAGGUGGUCCACAGACCACGCCCACAAACGCAACCAGCGCCACUAAUUCGAUAUCCAACAACACCACUAGCAGCACCACAACCACUAUUAUGCAUCAACGCACUCAAAUAUCACCAAGAUCUAGCAAUAACAAACCUCCACCACCCAUGCAACCCCCACCACCACCUCCUCCCCAACAACAACAACAAACUCAUAAUCCCAUUACCAACUCCACCGUCUCCAAUGCAACCACAUCAACAACAUCUACACAUUUAACCAAUUCCAUUUCGACACAAUUUACAGAGCUCACCAGCAGUAGCAAUAAUGGCCUCGCCGGCGGCGAACACCAAGAAAGUGCAGCCAAUCAAGCCAAUAAUGAUCUCAUGACCCAAUCAAUGUUCGUAGAGAACACCAACUCCUGCUCAACCGCAGCGGGCAACAACAAACUCACCUCGUCGACCAUCAAUAAACCGGCCGUUCCACUCAAACCCACCAAACUAACGAUCUAUGCCACACCAAUGGCUCAAAAAAUUGCCUCAGCAGGCGGGAAUACAGACAUCCCCACGACUGCAGCCACUCCAAAUUCAACGCAAAUCUCACGGGAGAGUAUCUUGGAAUUGGUUAGUCUGCUGGAGGGUUCUCUCAAGCACCCCGUCAACACAAUAUCCGCCUCCCAAUGGCUCCAGUUGAGUGAUAAGCUAAACAUUUUACAAAAUUCAUGUGUCGUUUUUGCCGACAACGAAUGCAUGCCGCCACACUCCAAAUUCCACUUCCGUGAAUUGGUCACACGGGUCGAGACGCAGUCGCAAAGUUUGCGCGUGGCUGGCACUAAGAACGUCCAGGAUAACGAGCGUUUGGUGGGUGAAGUUGGCCAAUCAUUAAAACAGAUAACGAAUGCAUUGCAUAGGUAAAUAUUAAGAAAUGGGGCGGGCGGGGAAUUGUGGUUAGAUGCAGAAGGGAAUUUCAUAAAGAGACAG